AUGGAGCGCGUCAUUGGCGUCGCAUGUUGGAGUGAUGUGGGUGGCCGUUUGUUGUACAAUCGUCUCAUCUCGACACAACCACUCGACACGCCUCGUCUGUUAGUUUCCGCAUCAAAUGGCUUCCAAAAAGCUGCAGCAGGUACUGCCUUGACCAUCUUCUUCUCCGCCGUACCAAUGCUGAUCCUCCGCUCGCAGGAAAUGGUCCAGGUCGGUUCGUCCUCCUCCCCUUUCUGGCGCACCUCUUCGUCCAACAGCAAGCGCGAAGCCAGUCUUGCUGGCGACAGAAAGGUCUUUGGAGCUUCAUACUCUCAUGCAGACAUUCUCAAAUUCGACAACUUGAACAUCUCCAACAGCAGCACACCACGUCCACACACACCACCCUCGCGCGACAACCGACCGCCCUUGAAGUCCUCGACUAGUCUCUCUCCUCCAGCACCGCGCCGUUCCUAUUCCAACUUCUUUGGCGAAAGCACAAAGACCUAUGAUUCACCCCAAAAUGAGGAAGCCUUGGACUUUGACGAAGAUGAGGACGAGUUUGGCCUACCCACAACCGCGACACUAGCCUCGUGGUCCAUGAAUAAUGGAGACAUCGCCGAGGAACGCAGCUUGCCAAACUAUCCUACCACGAAGCGAUCAGACGGCAAGAUCCUCCGGCCACAGUACAAAGACAUCCUCAGAGACCCCGCCAAUGCCCUCCACUUGAUCAACCACGCUCCAGCUCCACUGAAUGCCUCUCCCAAAGAAGUCGAAGCCCAUUCAGCCCGCAUCACACGCAUCAACAAGUUCAAACGUAUUCUACAAGCCUCGUCAAUCAAUCUGGCAGAGUUGCGCGACUCUGCUUGGUCCGGACUACCUGAAGAAGUCAGAGCCAUGUCAUGGCAAAUCCUACUCGGCUACCUUCCAACAAAUAGCGACAGAAGAGUAGCUACGCUGGAGCGCAAGAGAAACGAAUACCUGGAAGCUGUGCGACAAGCUUUCGAAAAAGGAACAUCUACAAAUGAAGCUGAGUCUGUGAUUGGUAUUGGUGGCAUCUCCUCGUCACCAGCGACUCAACGAGGCAAGGGUCGUGGCUUGGACGAGGCCAUAUGGCAUCAGAUCAGUAUUGAUGUGCCGCGGACGAAUCCACAUCUUGAGCUGUACAGCUUUGAGGCAACGCAGAGAUCUCUCGAGCGAAUACUGUACGUUUGGGCUAUCCGUCACCCAGCAAGCGGCUACGUCCAGGGAAUCAACGAUCUGGUCUCUCCCUUCUGGCAAGUCUUCCUCGGCAUGUACAUAACAGAUCCAGAGAUCGAGUUCGGCAUGGAUCCUGGACAACUACCCAAACAAGUGCUCGACGCUGUGGAGGCCGACACUUUCUGGUGUCUUACCAAACUUCUGGACGGCAUUCAAGACAACUACAUUCACGCACAACCCGGCAUUCAGCGACAGGUGGCGAGUCUUCGAGAUCUGACCACGCGCAUUGAUGGCAACCUGGCGAAGCAUCUCGAGAAUGAAGGAGUCGAAUUCAUUCAAUUCAGUUUCCGAUGGAUGAAUUGCUUGCUCAUGCGCGAGAUCAGUGUCAGAAACACCAUCAGAAUGUGGGACACGUAUCUGGCCGAGGACCAAGGAUUUUCACACUUCCAUCUUUACGUCUGCGCUGCCUUUUUGGUCAAAUGGUCCGAUCAACUGCUCAAGAUGGACUUCCAAGAAAUCAUGAUGUUCCUACAAGCCUUGCCAACUCGCGGCUGGAACGAAAAAGACAUUGAGCUCCUUCUGAGCGAGGCCUUCAUUUGGCAGAGUCUUUUCCGAAACUCCAAAGCUCACAUUCAGAAAAGCUCUCAGAACGGGCCUCUGUCAGUCACGCUAUAG